GCCGGAACCACCGAGAUGGGCAGCCUAGAGGGAUGGUGGACACCGGCUCUCGCUUCUGCAUGAUCUUUGAGAGAACCCCCUUUAGGGGUUAUGAGGGAAAGAGGGUAAAUUCUGGCGAGCUCUUCUUGUCAGUCCCGUUAGGCGCCGGCUUCCUCGUUUUCCUUAGCGCCUCGUCAGCACGCUGCCCCUGAACUCGCCUCCCUCUGACCGGAUGCCCCGGCGUCUGGGCCUCACAGAAUCCGCAGAGGUGGCUGCGGUCCCAGAGCCCUGGUCCAGUUCCUUGCCCACCGAGGCGGGAUCCUUUUUUUGUCUAAAAGAAGUUGGCCCAACAGUCCCCUGUGGCCGCUUUUAAGGUUCUUGCUUUUCCAAACCGGGAAGAGUGCACAGAGCCAGGGGACAUCAGCCAUGCUCCAAACCACUUGGCCUCAGGAGCCAGUGACCUUUGAGGACGUGGCUGUGUACUUCACCCAGAACCAAUGGGCCAGCCUGGACUCUGCGCAGAGGGCCCUGUACAGGGAGGUGAUGCUGGAGAAUUAUGCAAACGUGGCUUCCCUGGUGUCUCCGUUCCCCAGACCCGAUCUGAUCUCCCAGCUGGAGAGAGGGGAAGCUCCAUGGGACCCCAAUCCCUGGGAAGCAGAGGAUUUGAGAGGCAUCUGUCCAGGUGGUGAGAGGGGCAUCAAGACAGAAGAGCCGGCGGUAGAGCAGCAAGCCUCUGAGGGCACAGAGGCCCACGGCAGGCCCGUGGGAGGGCUUCUCACGAACGUGUCUCAGCACUUGGAUUUUGAACGCAAGGCAGUGUGGCAGACUUUCAGUCUGAAUCCCAAUCUGAUACUCCGAGGCGGCAUGAAGUUCUACAAAUGUAAAGAAUGUGGCAAGAUCUUCCGAUACAACUCAAAGUUCCUUCGGCAUCAGAGGACCCACAAUGGGGAAAAGCCCUUCAAGUGCAAGGAGUGUGGCAAAGCUUUCAAGUCCAGCCAGAACUGUAUCAUACAUGAGAAAAAUCACAUUGGUCAAGGACCCUAUGAAUGUAAGGAGUGUGGCAAAGGUCUGAGUUCCAAAGCCGCCUUGACCCAGCACCAGUGGAUCCACACAGGGGACAAGCCCUAUAAAUGUACGGAGUGUGGCAAAGGUCUGAGUUCCAACACUGCCUUGACCCAGCACCAGAGGCUCCACAUUGGGGAGAAGCUCUAUAAAUGUAAGAAAUGUGGGAAGGCGUUCACCCAGAAGAUCACCUCCAUUCAGCAUCAGAGAGUUCACACCGGAGAGAAAGCCUUCAAGUGGUACCCCAGCUUUCUUCAGCAUCAGAAAAGGCACCGUGUGGAGAAGCCCAUCAGGCCACUCGGGCCACCCCUGCUGCGUCUCCAGGGCCCCUCUGCACCCUCAGAUCCCGGGCGUCUCCAGGGCCCGGGCUCUGCUCCUGCUGUGGUCGUGGCCUUGCCACACGCCAUCCUCACUCCUGCCUCCGGGCCCUUGUUCAUGCUGCUGCCCGCCACUGGGGUGCUUUCGUCCCCUGUCCAAGUAGUUCUUGUCUUCCAGGGUCUUCCUCCUGCUGUGAAGCCUUCCCCAGUUAUUCUGACUCCUGCUCCUCACCCCCCGUGA